AUGAACCUCGCCGCGGGCUUUGGCCACUUGGACGUCGUCGCGUAUCUCAACGAGCACCGAACCGAAGGCUGCACGGACGACGCGCUGUGGAAAGCCAUGGGCUACUUUGGCAGUGACGCCAUGGCGGCAGCCAAGACCUUUCUCGGUGCGUCCGUGCACUGGGACCGCAAGGGCAGUCUUGGUGAGCUCGUCUGCUAG